AUGCGAGGUACAGUUGAUCCAGAGGCAUUGCUUUUUGAUCCAGAAAUCGACCGCACCUUUCAUUACCGGUUAGCACAACAAAGAAGAGGACUUGCAUCUGCAAUGGCAGCUGAAACGAAUGCUGAAUUGGAAGCGCGACUUCGAGCGGAGUUCGCAAGGACUCAAGAGGAACGGGUGCAGGAAGCCGUGCGCCGAAUCCAGCAAGAAAGAGAAUUAGAGGAGGCCAACCGCCCCCUCAGGGAUCUGAAUGAGCCUGUCAUGAGUUAUGAUUACCCAGGAAGUAUAGCCCCUCAGAAUGCCGAGGCUCAGAACUUUGAACUCAGACCUGCACUCAUCAACCUGAUCAGUCAACAUCAAUAUGGAGGAUCUGCCACUGAAGAUGCACAUGCUCAUCUAGAGCGGUUCAUCAGAAACUGUAGUACUACACGUCUUCCCAACCCCGAGCUUGUUCGUUUGCAACUUUUUCCUUUUUCACUAAGGGACACAGCUGAGGAGUGGCUCAACUCCCAACCUCAAGGCAGCAUAACAACUUGGGAAGAUUUAGCUAAGAAAUUCAUUAAAAAGUUCUUCCCUCGUACCUUGCUGAGGAAGCUGAAGAACGACAUCCUGGUUUUUAAACAGGAAGAUACUGAGAAUCUCCAUGAAGCUCUAGAGAGGUUCAAGAAACUGUUAAGGAAGUGCCCUCAGCACAACCUCACAUUGGGAGCACAGGUGGAGAGGUUUUAUGACGGCUUGACUGAUUCUGCUAGAUCAAACUUGGAAGCAGCAGCUAGUGCCGAAUUUGAUGCUCUUUCAGCUCAAGCAGGUUGGGACUUAAUCAAUAAAAUGGCUGAAAGUGCAGUAAACUCUACCAAUGACCGCCAAAACAGAAGGGGUGUACUGGAAAUAAAAGCGUAUGAUAGGAUGGUUGCUUCAAACAAGCAAUUAUCUCAACAAAUGACAGCUAUGCAACGACAGUUCCAGGCAGCCAAGAUAUCGAAUGUGAAUAGUAUCCAUUGUGGAACAUGCGGUGGCCCUCAUGCCAGUGAAGAGUGCGGAACAGAUUUUGACGAGGAAGUCAAGGUUUUGGGAAAUUCCCAAAAUAAUCCUUAUUCCAACACCUACAAUCCGGGGUGGAGGAAUCAUCCUAACUUUUCCUGGAGGGAUCAGAACAACUCCAAUCAAGGAGGAAAUAAUCAGAGACAAUAUUCAAAUCAACGAUUUCAGUCUCAGAAUUCAAGACCUCAACAAACUCAGGAUCAAGGAAGCGGCAGUGGGAAGAAAAGCUUAGAAGAGAUGAUGGAGAAUUUCAUUAACAAAUCAGACACCAGUCUCAAAAAUCAUGAAGCUGCUAUCAAAAAUUUGGAGACUCAGGUGGGACAGAUGGCUAAGCAAAUGUCAGAAAGACCCUCAGGUAUGUUUCCUUCAGAUACUGUGGUUAAUCCUAAAGAAAAUUGCUCUGCCAUAACUCUUAGAAGUGGUGCUACCUUGAGUGAGCCUAAACAGAAAAAUGUAGAAAAUAAUAAUGUCAAUGAUGAGUUUGUAGGAGAUAUUGAACCUUUCACAGAGAAUAAGGUAGAAGCUGAAAAGAAAAAAGAGGACAAGAACAAAAUUACCACUACCAUCCCCACUAAUAGCAAUUGCAAGGUACCUUUUCCAAAGGCUUUAGUAAAAAAGAAUUUAGAAAAGCAAUUUUCUAAAUUUCUUGAAGUUUUCAAAAAAUUACAAAUUAAUAUUCCAUUUUCUGAAGCUUUGGAACAGAUGCCUGCUUAUGCUAAAUUCAUGAAAGAUAUUCUGUCUAGGAGGAGAAAAUUAAGUGAGAUAGAUGAAACAAUAAUGAUGACAGAAGAGUGUAGUGCUAUUUUACAAAGAAAACCCCCUCAAAAGAUGAAAGAUUCGGGGAGUUUCACUCUUCUGGUAGAUAUUGAGGGUUUAUCGGUUGCUAAGGCAUUAUGUGAUUUAGGUGCAAGCAUAAACUUGAUGCCUCUGUCCAUGUUUGAGAGGCUAGAAUUAGGACAAGUCACCCCUACUAUGAUUACUUUACAACUAGCUGAUAGGUCUGUUAAGACACCCUAUGGAAUAAUAGAGGAUGUGUUAGUGAGAGUUGAUAAGUUUGUCUUCCUUGUAGAUUUUGUUAUUCUUGAUAUGGAAGAGGACUCUAAAGUCCCUCUGAUUUUGGGAAGACCCUUCUUAGCCACUGGAAAUGCCAAAAUUAAUGUAAAGAAGGGUGAAUUAUCCUUAAAGGUGGGAGAUGAAAAAGUAAGAUUCAAUGUCUUUGAUUCCUUGAAAUACUCUAGAGAGGGAGAUGUCUUUAGCUGUGACGUAGUUGAUGAAUUAAUUUGCAAAGAAUUUGUUAGGAUAUCUACUAAAAACACCUUAGAAGUUGUAAUCAUGGAAGGGUGUAAAUUAGAUGAUUUUGACAAUGACGUAUUAAAUGCCACUAUUAACCAGUUGGAGGCUAUUUCAUCUCUUGAUUCUAAAAGAAUAUGGAGAGAAGAAUUAAUUAGAGAUGUUGAGACCCCUGAACCCGAAAAGAGGAAGAAAAAGUUUUGA